GUCAGGGUUCAGGCAGGACUGGUGAUGUCAUGCAUUGAAGAUGGCGGAAGGGGAAGGAGCCUGGUGGGGAGGCUGGCUUCAGCAGAGCUUCCAGGCCGUGAAAGACAAGUCUGCUGAGGCCUAUGGGUUCCUCAAGCGUGAUUUAACAGAGUUCUCCAACGUGGUCCAGCAUGACACUGCUUGUUCCAUUGUUGCCACGGCGAAUGCUGUCAGGAGCAAACUGGCGGUGGAAGGCUCGUCAGAAGCCUCGGAGAAGGUGAAGAAGGGUCUCUCUAAUAUCCUGGGCGUGAUCACAGACACACUUGCCCCACCGCCCGACAAGACCAUCGACUGUGAUGUAAUCACACUAGUGGCCACGCCGGCUGGCACCACUGAGGUGUACGACAGCACCAAGGCGCGGCUCUAUAGUCUACAGGCGGACCCUGCCACCUACUGCAACGAACCCGAUGGCCCUCCGGAACAGUUUGAUGCUUGGCUCGCCAGCUUCAGUCUGGAGGAGAGGAAGACGGAAGUCUCAGAGCUGCUGGUCAACAGCCCCUCCAUCAGGGCCCUCUACACAAAAAUGGUGCCAGCGGCUGUGGCUCACUCGGAGUUCUGGCAGCGCUACUUUUACAAAGUGUUUCAGUUGGACCAGGAGGAGGCCAGACGAGUGGCACUGAAGCAGAGAGCAGAGCAGACCACUCAUUCAGAAAGUCUGGGUUGGGAGGAGGAGGAAGAUGAGUUUCUUGGGGCCACAUCAACAUCUCGCUUGGACUUCACUCCACCCCCUCAGGAAUCCCAACCUCCUGCUGUAACUAUAGCGACCACCCCUUUGAGCCCUUCUCAGCCAGCAUUUGCCCCUAGGGAUGCCCUGUCCGAUGUCACCCCCUCAAUCAGCAGUGACAGCAUCAGCCUCCCAACUCAGCUCGAUAACCAUCCGGAACGUUCCGCUCCGGAGCCAGCUACCGGUGGACAGCCCGGCCUCUCGCCCACCAACGAGGUCACCUUGAAGGUGUCGGAGGCCCGGCUAGGGAGCGUGGAGGAGAAACGGGCAUCCCUGGAGGUGUGCUCCUCUCUAGGGGGGAUCAAGGAGCCAGCGGCUGCCGAGAACGGCUCCACCAGGGAAGAGGGACCGCAGGACCUCAGAGUGUUCGAGCUCAACUCUGACAGCGGCAAGUCCACACCCUCUAACAACGGCAAGAAAGGCUCAAGUACAGACGUGAGCGAGGACUGGGAGAAGGACUUCGAUCUAGAUAUGACGGAAGAAGAGGUCCAGCUGGCUUUGUCCAAAGCAGACGCUACCGGAGAGUUUGACAAUGAGGACUGGGAGAACUGGGACUGAAGAGGUGAAGCGGCGAUUUCCAAACCAAUGCCGAUGUGCAACUCUGCCGUUCCCGACCGAACCAUGCUUUAACCGUGCUCUCUCAACCCUUAGUCCAUGCCCACACCAUCUCAUUCAGGCGGUCGGGAGGGAAGAAUGGCCACCGGCUCUGCUGAUUGGAUGACUCCCGGCCAAUGAAAUUUAGUUGCGAGCUGAGCGCAUUAAAGAUGACCCCCAAGCAGCUGUGUUUGUGUAAUGCAUUUCACUGAGGUAGUACUUAAGCUGUCUUGGGGGAAGGUCACGUAUAGCCGAUAGCUAUGGAUGCUUAAAGCUGAUUGGGGACAGGAUUUGGUUCAAGGCAGGGGAACUUGCCUAAGAAUCGCGAUGGAGGUGGCAUCAACUGCGAAGUGGUCGGGCGAUACCAUCUAAGAUUAGACUGUGUAAAUUGUUCUACUUUUGCAGUCGGAGUGGGAAGAACACAAUCAUUACCUUCUGGGGCUUCACGUUAGCCAUCGUUUGUGCUGCUUGUUAUUCUUCUAGGAUUAGAAAUCCUUAAUCCUUUACAUAAAGUACAUGUAAUUUGUUUCUCAUUCUGUGUACUUACAUUUGGCGUGGUCUUUUUUUUUUGUUCUUUUUCCUAUUUAGUCUACAAAGUACUAACAUGUUUAAUCUUAUGCAAGUGAUAUUAGCAUUCAACAUGGGGGGCACUUUGCCUUUUCAACAAGGACUGUUGUGAUUUUAUUUUGGGUCAGAACAUGACCACGUGUGCUUCAUGGCUUUGUUCAAUGUUAUGUGGAAUGGGGGAAAAAUGUAUUUUGUCACACAUCUAAAAAAAAGUUGAUAUUUGACUAAACACAGGCAGUCCCUACCUAUUCGUGCGUUUUUUUUUUUUCUCUCUCGCCCUUUUAUUUAUUUUUUUCCUGUUUGUAGGUUGGGGGAGAGUCCGUGUGUCGGGUGAUUUUAUAGGGUCUGUAAAGUGCAAUUGGGAAAAUCUCAGCAUUUCUCCACGCACUUCAGAUGGGUCCAACAUGAGUGCCUGCACAGUCAUAUGUGCGUAACAGUUGAAAGUCAUAUCACAGGAUAACUGAAGUUUUAAAAAGCAGCUCCUGAAUAAAAAGUGUGUGCAGUUUUUUUCAUGUAAAUUUAACAAGAUUUCCAGCAA